AUGAUCCAUAUAAUUCAACUGACUCAACCUAAAAUAAUAUUUGGCUCAGAAUUCGCCAUUGAGAAGGUCUUCGACACGUCUAAAAAAUUCUCCUUCGUUGAAAAAGUUAUUCAAUACGGAGAUACUGUGUUAAUUGAUGGAAUUCGUGCUUUUGAGGAUAUUCUAAAGGACAAGAGAUAUACCAUACGCGAGGAAGACUAUGUGUAUCCAAAGAAAGAUCUCAAUAGGAAUGCUAUGAUUGCGCUGUCUUCAGGAACAACAGGACUCUCAAAAGGAGUGCAGAUCACUGAAUCGAAUCUUAUGGCCACAUUAUCAAUUUUAAAAGAAUUGACUAAUCUUCGUAGAGCGAAUAAUCCCGUCAUCCUAAGUUCCACUCCAUGGUCACAGGUUCUCGGUUUUAUUACGCAAAUUAGAUGCGUAGUUGAAGACUUUACUGUCAUUUUCAUCCCGAGAUUUGAAGAACGUCUAUUCUUGAACUGCAUUGAAAAGGACAAAGUUACCCAUCUUAUGAUUAAUCCUCACACGAUAUUGUUUUUGGCUAAAAGUCCCCUUAUAAUGGAUUACGACCUAUCUAGUCUCCAAAUAUUGAUUUGCGGAGGAGCUACUUUGAAUGAAGAAUUGGAAAAAAAUGUCAAAGUAAGAAUACCUAAUCUCAUAGGCAUUCGCCAGGGAUACGGUCUUUCUGAAACAUUUGUGGCUAUAAGCUGCAUUGGUAUAAAGACUAAACCAGGAAGUGUUGGAACUGUUGUAAAAGGAACCUAUUGCAAAGUUGUUGACUUAGCAACUGGUAAGAGCCUUGGACCCAAUGAAACAGGAGAAUUGUACCUCAAAAGUCUACAAACCAUGAAGGGUUAUAUUGGGAAUGAUGCUGCUACGAAGGAAGCAUUCGAUCCUGAAGGAUGGCUUCGUACAGGAGAUCUUGGAUAUUACGAUGAAGACGAAUUCUUCUUCAUUGUGGAUCGGAUAAAAGAAGUGAUUAAAUAUAGAGCAUUGCAAGUGCCGCCAGCUGAACUAGAAGCUCUCCUUCUGAGUCACCCCAAGAUCGCUGAUGCAGGUGUUACCGGGAUUCCGAAUGAGGCUGAUGGUGAGCAUCCAAUAGCUUUUGUGGUGAAGAAGCCAAAUGAGGAAAUUACUGAACAGGAGAUAAAGGACUACAUUGCCAAUCUUGUAAUCGACAUCAAAAGAUUGCGGGGUGGAGUAAGAUUCGUAAACAGUAUACCUAAAAACGCAAUGGGUAAAAUUCUCAGGAGAGAGCUUAAAAAAUUAAUUGAUAAUAUAUAA